CUUUAAGCUCUGUGGAGCCAGUUUUACGGCAUAGGGAGAAUUUUGUCUGCAAUUGGGUAUGGCUGGAAACUCCCCAGGGGUAGGAGGAGCUCCAGAGAUAAACCAGGGAGGGAAGGCGCCUGCGUUCAGCAGAGGCUAAGCUCAGAAGCUUAAUAUUUUCCAGGGAUCCAGAAGCUCAGCAGCAUGUCAGGGAAGCCCAGGCUCACCUACAUUAAUGGAAGGGGACGAAUGGAGCCGAUCCGAUGGCUGCUGGCAGCAGCCGGCGUGGAGUUUGAAGAAAACUUUGUGGAAACAAAAGAACAGUUAGAAAAGUUAAUCAAAGGUGGAGACCUGCUGUUCCAGCAAGUGCCCAUGGUGGAGAUUGAUGGGAUGAAGAUGGUGCAGACCAGAGCCAUCCUCUGCUACAUAGCGGGGAAAUACAACCUCUAUGGGAAGGACCUGAAGGAGAGAGCCCUGAUCGACAUGUAUGUGGAAGGAAUAACAGAUCUGAUGCAAAUGAUUAUGAUGUUUCCUUUCGCUCCAGCUGAGGCAAAGCCAAAAAAUCUUGCCUCAAUUGAAGAGAAGGCAACAAAGAGAUACUUCCCAGUCUUUGAAAAGAUUUUGAAACAACACGGCCAAGACUUUCUUGUGGGGAACCGACUCAGCUGGGCAGAUGUUCAGCUAUUGGAAGCCAUUUUAGCAGUGGAGGAGAAAGUACCUGCUGUGCUUUCUGGGUUUCCUCAGCUGCAGGCCUUUAAAACAAAAAUGAGCAACGUGCCUACAAUUAAGAAGUUCCUGCAGCCUGGCAGCGCAAGGAAGCCCCCACCAGAUGAGAAUUAUGUGGCACUUGUGAUGUCGAUUUUUAAUCUAAGCUGAAUGCCUUGUUGCUUUUCCUGGUAUUUCGGGCCUCGCUGAAGGUAACAACAACAAAAAUCGAAACCCUUAAAGGAAAUAGAAAGCUCAGUAAAAUAGUAUUGUACUUACUACCAAUGGUAAAAAUAAAUAAAUAAAACCUGACAUUCUUAUUACUCUGACA